CAAUACGUUCGAAAAUUGUGAUUUUUUGUGAUUAUCUCAUUUAAUUAGAUGUUAGUUUAUAAUAUCUCGAGUUAGUGAAUAAUCCUAAACCAUGUGAAACCUCUGAAAAAGAGGAGAAUAUUCGAUAUCUUGAACAGCUGAUUUGCUGUCAGUCAAAGAGGGUCGUUUAUUAAACAAUAAAAAUGUGUCUUUAGAAUCGAAACAUUGAGGAAAAAUUGACGGAGAAGUGGAUAUUGUCACUCAAAAUGAUCAGAAUUUUUUAGGAAAUGAGUGGUCAGUUGAGUAUAACCGUGAGGCCGGAAGUCCGUCUUGAUGCUAAAUGGCUAAAGACGGACUUACAAAGGUUUCUUCGACGCGAUGGAUUAGCCGAAUUAUGGAACGAAAUGGUUCGGGAUGGAGAAAUCGUUGGACUUUUCAGCGACGGUUUAAUCAAUUCUGCAGGUGUAAUUGCCAGAAAAGGAGACAGUGGACAUUAUUAUUGCAACCAAAGAGUUCUUUCCUGUCUCUGCUGUGAUGGAAUUUGUGGACCACAAAGCGGCUGCAACUGCAUUCCUUGUCAAAAACUGGAUGAAGAAGAAGCUUCCAGAGUACCAGCUCUCGUAGAAAAAACAAUUCCUGCUCAGAAUAUGAUAGAUUUCUGGUUAUGGGGUCCUCAACCAUCCCCGAGUGAAUUAUCCACUUGCAUAGAUUCCUCGAUAAAAGAACAAAGACACCUGGUUCAUGAAGCAGCAAAUAGUACUUUAUCCGCAACUCGAAUGCGACAACGUUUGGUAAUCGCACGAAGAUAUUUCACAGCUUUGUCUCGACACAAACCCCAGGAAGUUCAAGAAACGACAGUGGCUCCUAGAACUUCAAUUAAAUCACAAAAAAUUGCGAAACCUAGUGAAAAAGCAACGCUUGGACUCGCACGAGUCGGCUCGCGAGCAGCUUUAAAUUUUUCGUUUGCAUAUUUACGACGUGCCUGGCGCUCUGGCGAAGAUAUCGACUUCUGCAGUGAAUUGUUAACUGAAUCUCUGGAAGCUCUUCAAUCUCUACCAGAAGCUACUUUGUUCGAUGAAAAUAAUGUUUCUCAAGUUUGGCUCGAAGUCGUCGAAAGAUCGGCAAAAUUCUUGCGGCAAGUUGUCACCGGGGAUGUCGUUACGGGAAGAUCCUGGUGUCCAGUUCCCGUAACAGACCAGCAUACUGCUCUCUGUUUACUGCUCGAACUCGCAACCCAAAGAGGAACUCUCUCAAGUCUCCUUGACUCCGUAAUCCUCCUUCUUCACCUCAGUGGCAAAUCCAAAAACCAAGACAACCGAGUUAUGCCCCCUGGAAGUUCUGCCCCCUUGAUUCCCCUCCUCCGUCGCUUAAGCACAAUAUCAGCGCCAAAAUCUCGUCGCUUGGACGACAGCCUGUCACCUGGACCUUGUGAAGUUCUCCUAAAAUAUCUCCGCCUACCGGAAGAUGAUACAGUCGCCGUCGAUUUACGAAAAGCCGCAGUGGUAAUUAUGUGUCACCUCAGUAGAUUAGCAGCACCACUUCUUCCGCCAGUUAUUCUCGACGGAUUUCCUAAGAAUCAGACGGCAAACUUUCAGGAAGUUUUAGCCUGGGGGGGAAUAAAAUUCGGUAGUGGAACUUGUCCUUUCUACUGCGACGCUAUCGCAGAAUUGGGAGUGAAGCAACUCUGCUGCACGGAAAGAGCCUUGAUGAUUCUCUCGUUGAGCGGAAAAGUCUUUAUGAUGUUUUACGGAUCGGAAACCCAAUAUCCCCAAAAAGUUUACGGCUUCGCGGAUAAAGUUGUGGCUAUGAUUGCCUCGCAUUCUGAUGGAAAACACUACCUCGCCUUAACGGAAGACAGUAUUGUUUAUUCCUGGGGAAACGGAGAUGGUGGAAGACUUGGUCAUGGGGACAGCAUUUCCUGCGAUGAACCGUCUGCGAUCGAAGCUUUGUCUGAUAAAGGUGUCACCUUUAUCGCCUGUGGAAGCACAUAUUCCGCAGCGAUUACCGCAAAUGGUGAAUUGUUCACUUGGGGUCGAGGAAGUUACGGAAGAUUAGGCCACGGAUUUUGCGACGAUAUUAUGGUUCCAACGCUAGUUACAGCUCUAAAUGGCCACAAGGUUACUCAUGUUGCUUGUGGAAGUGGAGACUCUCAGACCCUAUGCGUCACUGCUUCUGGAAUCGUCUUUUCCUGGGGCGAUGGUGAUUACGGCAAAUUGGGAAGAGGUGGAUCGGAUGGUUCAAAAAUUCCAAAGAUUGUCGACAAGUUGUUGGACAUGAAUGUAGUACAAGUUUUUUGUGGAGGGCAAUUUUCUGCGGCGUUAACGGCUCAUGGACAAGUUUAUACUUGGGGAAAAGGAGAUGGAUAUCGACUUGGUCACGGGAAUGAGGAUCAUGUAAGAUAUCCAAAACUGGUUGAGGCAUUGAAGAUGAAAAAGAUUAGGGAUCUGUCUGUUGGAAGUGGACACAUCUUGGUUCUAACGGAAGACCAGUUGAUUUACGGAUGGGGAAGGAAUGACUACGAACAGAUUGAUCCCUUGUUGAACUCGACGGUUUCCGAACCAACAUUGUGUCCGGGUUUAUCAAGCAAGAGUGUGAUCGGUUUAGUUUGUGGCCCAACUCAGAGUUUUGCUUGGUCGACUUCGACCUGGUCAGUGGCGCAGAGAAUCGCCUUUGUAGUUGACAUCUGCGAAGAGACAUUUAAGUAUCUUGAUUCGCUUUUAGCCAAAUCGUGUGAAGGUCUUCCAGGGUCAAGACCGCCGACUCAGGAUCAUGAAUGCUUGAUUGUUUCGGCGCUGAACUUGCUUAGACUUCAAUUUCACGCGAUGAUAACGCACAACUUUGACGUAAAGUUCAUAGGUUUGGGAUCUACUCCUCUGUUAAAUUCUCUCAAGCAACGAUGUGUUAAUCUAGCAAGCAGUCCAGGAAUUUUAGCGACGAUUCAGUCAGCUGCGCAGGCUGUUUUGCAAACUGGUUGGAGUAUUUUGCUCCCGACUGCCAACGAACGAGCGAAAACUCUCUCUGGCUUUCUGCCAAACUCUAACAAUUUGGAACAGUCGAAUACCAACAAGGGUCAGCAGUUUAUGGCGGAUUUAUUAGUUUCUAGUCUGAUGGCAGAUGGAGGUUUAGAAAUGGCUCUCAGAGCCGCUAUAAAGGCUGAAAUUACCGAAACUUCGGAUAAUAAAGACUCAAUGUCGGCAUCCGCGAAAGCUGGAGAAGUGAAACAAGCUAAAGAAUUCAAUAUGGCGAAGCACAGCAUGACGAUUUCGCUCUUCCAACUCGUCAAGCAGUUGAUAAGGAACGGAACUUGUAUCACCCAGUCGAGGUUCCAAGCUUUGCAGCAGAUGAAUCGGAACGAGGAAUUUCCAAAAUUAGAUAACUCUCCUAGUUUGAACCUUUUACUAAGAUUUCAACGUUUACUGAUCGCGCAGAUGCUCCACUGCAUUAAUAUAUCUACAACUGAAGAUCCCAACGAUCAGGAAAUGCUGGGAGUCGAAUCUCUGCUGAAGAAGUACAUCUGUCAGAUUUGCAACCACGUUAAGGAGAUUCUUCCUCUAGCUACUGAACUCGCAGGAACGAACAGCAAGUAUUUUGUAUUUGUUGUGGCGACUCUGAAGGGUGAUAUUAUAAAUGCCCUCUUGCCGGAAUUGAUAGUUUGCUUGAUUCUACUUCAAAUAGACUACCCGAUGUUACUUCUGAACAUGAACUGGAUGGAAGUCCUUGCGCCCGUCUUGGAUGUUUUAGAUCAGUUCAUUAGACUUGCUCCAACGAUCGAGAAAGAUGACGCUGAUGAUUUAUCCUGGCCGGGAAUCAUCGCUCCCCAACAUGGAAGCAAAACUUCCGCCCAGGACGAGCCUUCCCUGAUUCGCUGGGCGGAUUUGGAGAACCACAAUCGCGACGGUGGUCUGUGGGUUGUCAUUAACAACAAUGUCUACGAUGUUCAAGAUUUCAGAUACGAGGGAGCCUGCAGCAUGGAAAUGUUUAAUAGGCUAGUGAACAGAGACGCAACUUCGACGAUGAUAAAUUUCUCUAACUUGCAGACUUCUCAGGGGAUGAUGGAUUCCUGCUUCGUGGGACAGUAUUGCCAACCUGAACCAGAAAACACCCAGUUCACUAUCGAAGUUACAGACGUUUGUCUUUCUCUAUUAGAUAUGGAAAGAGCAACGAGUUUUGUCCUAGGUCUCCAUGCUUACAGGAUGCGACAGAGUUUAGCUCUUCAACCAGCAGAAGAAGAGGCUGGUGCGUGGCUUGAAGCGAAUUUCCUCAGAGGUGGUUUGCAGAUCCUCCAGCCUCCAAAUCCUUACGAGGAAGAGAAGGGUGAAGCCAGAAGCACCAAUUCUACUGCAGCUAAUUCUCCCACUGAGCCAGCUCUUCCCAUUUGUACAAAGGAUGAUUCACAGAAGCUAACAUAUGAUAGAGUCGCGGCUUUCAUCCAAGCAUUAGCAGAAAACCACAAGACUGAUACCUACGUUCAAUCGUUUUUGACUAUCAUUGAUAGAUUUUGCAAAACAAACAAUCUCCUUUCUCACGUUGACUUUUGCUGCGAUCAUCCAGUUGAGGAAAUUGGUCGUCUGCUGAUGGCCGCGGUCAUCAAGCAUCUUACCCUCGGCUAUCAAGCAGUUUCUUUAGUUGAUCAAGAACUCACGGAAGGAAAUGUAAAGCUUACGAAACCUCUAGCUGAUAUGGUGAGAACGAUUCAUCAGACUAAGUGGAAUUUAAUACGAACGAGGCAACAGCAGAAUAGAAGUUACAAGGAAGUUUGUGCUCCAGCUCAGGAGAAAUGUAGAUUUUUACUCUACGAAGUCAGACCAGCGACUAGUGAUGAAAUCAAAGGACUGAGGGAUCUAAAGCUUUUGUUCACUGUCCCGAAAUUCAAAAAAUCUGUGCAGACAGUCAUUGCUGACAUCAGAAAAACGAGGGAUUCUCCAGCAAAGCCAGAAGAUAUAGUCAACGCAUCUAUCCAGAAUGCAAAGGUGAAGAGCAAAUCUGAAGACGACAAAGUGUCAAAGGACGAAACGCUCUCUUCAACAUUGCCACCAAAAUUAGAAGACAUAUCCAGUAUAACAAAUGUCAUUAGACAACUGAUUGAUAAAGUAAAGCGCAAGCCUCUGGUCAUGGACCCUAGCGAAUUGACCACCAAUAUAAUCAAUUUUGUUGUUUCCGAAGAAAGUGGAGAUGUGGAAACACUUCGGAGAGCAAUGUACUGUCAAAUACAACGGGCAAAAAUGCGAGAGGAAGGUCUCAACAUAAUGCAGGAGCUCCUGAAGAAGGACUACUUGAUCACCUCUGUUAAAUAUUCUUUGUUGAAUGGAUGGCUAGGUCUCACCCACGAAAAUAAAUUACUUUCAAACGGUAUAACCCACUGUUUAAAGAAUAUCCAGUUGGUAACACCCUAUUUGAGACUGAAGGUGAUUUUAGCUGAAGCGAAAGUUACUCUGUGGGCUGUGCAAGCACUGAGAGCUUAUGUGAUCCAAGCUGAAUUAUCGAGUAAGCCUAAAGCUAGUGGAAAAAGCAGUUUAAAUCAAGGUACCUACACUUGGUUGAGGAAAUUGCCAAGAGCGAGAUUCAUAUUAACUAUUCUUGGAAUGCUGACGAACUAUCAGCAUUCAAACGAAAUUGGUCUCUUAAUCAACUCUGGAGUUCUCUCGAGUAUUUUGACAUUAUUGAGGCAGAUUGGUCCUUCACCGCAGAACGAUCUUUCUAAGCCAAAGGAACAUUUGGCAAUCUAUGAAGACAUUAUUCACCAAAGUAAGCCUCUGGCUGUUCAACUUAGCGGGAUUGAGUUGGCUGCUCUAAUGAAAAUCAACACGAGAGUAAUUCGAGGCGUUGAUUGGAAAUGGGGUGAUCAGGAUGGUCCACCUCCUGGAGAGGGAACCGUAAUUGGAGAACUUGGAGAAGACGGGUGGAUUAGAGUAAAGUGGGACAAUGGAACUACAAAUUCCUAUCGGAUGGGAAAGGAGGGGAAAUAUGAUUUAAAGUUGGCGGAACCUCCAACUCCUCCUGAAAGUGAUUCAGACAGCGAUUCUCCCAUCGAUACUAAUAAGAUGGACAAGGGUAGUAUCAGAGAAUUGCAUCCUACAACCUAUCUUAAAAACGCUUCCACUUCCCUUCUUAGGGUGAUUCUACUUUCCUGUGGUAUCGAAGCCAAGGGGGUUCAACCUUCAGCUAUUAAGACUCUUGCCUCUGUUCUUCGAGGGAUAAUAUCAACAGCAAGCAAGGCAGAUUCGAGUAUGCAGACUCAAUUAGCUAAAGAUCAUCAUGAAACCUGGGCAACUUUAGGUGUUUUAAAAGCAAUUGCUAAUUCAACGAGCCUUUGCAGAGCUCUGAGCACUUCAGCGUGGGUAGAUUUCCUUCUGAGCAUGGUUGUGGAAGAGAAUGAUCCCAACCUUCAUAAGCAGAUAAUGGCGAUUAGACUCCUAAGCAUCGUCCUGCCUUCUUGGUCUGUUGAGAGUUCGGAGAUGACACCUUUCUUGAACAAGGCGUUUAAAUUACUAGGUAAGAUGGCUCUAAUGUGUGAGGCUGAAGUCAACUCAGAACUCCAUGCCAACAAGUGUCGAGUUUCGUUGACAGCUUCUAGAAGUUCUACCCUGGCAGAAGAGCUCAUUAUGCUCAUCCGAUCUCUGCACUCUCUUCCUGGAUGGAAUGUGGCACUGAAUACUUUCCUGACUGCAAAAUUAUCCUUGGCAUCAGACCUCUUGAGCGAUGGACCACUCUUUCAUAUUCAAAUGAAUGAAAACGGAGGCGAAAAUAGCUCGAGUAUUCAACAAACUGUGAUGGCAGCUCUUAUUGUUGUUGGAGGCCUCGAUAGUAGACCAAGGAUAGGAGGAUUAGUGGAAGUUGAUGGACAGAAUGGGACCAUUUGUAAACUCACUCAACAUUCCAAAUUGGUUGUUCAGAUGCACGAAACUGGAGCUAGAAGAAAAGUGGCCUUUGUCGGGAUUAAACCUAUUACUGAAAAGUUCCAUCUUGAUAGGAUGCUGAUGACAGAAACUCUUCAGUCAACCUGGGGAAAUUUACUUCUUGGUCACUGCGGAAUGGACAAACGACCUGGUGGAAUGCCAGUUAUUGCCGGUGCAGUAAACACUGCAAUAUUAAGAAUGCAACAGCAACAACUCGGAGCUUUGAAUGCAGGCAGGACUCUGAUUGAGUACCAACAGAAAUUAAGACGAGUAUUAAAAUGUUACACGUCAGACUACGAUGGUGAUAGAACAACUCUUCUUCAAGAAUUGUUAGUCAGGGCUACGAAGCCACAACCUCUGAAGCCGAUAUUCAAGCAGGAAGAAUUGGAAGCAGCUGCUUUAGCAGUUUCUCAGUAUCUAGCAUCAGAAUUAAGACAUACUCCGAUUCAUCGAGGAGUUGGGUCUGAACCAGGAACUCCAGCAUCUGAUUGCUCCAUGAUUUCUCUGACUUCUAGUCAAAAAAGACACUGUAAGUCAACCGGAAAGAAAAGUGUUUUGCCAAUGAGUCCCUUGGUAAUGCAACUAACAGAGAUGGGAUUCCACAAAAAGAAUGUGGAGUUUGCAAUCAAAAGUCUGAGUGUUGGCGAGAGUAACAUUACGCCUGAAACUGUUGUCGGUUGGUUGCUCGAAAAUGCGGAUACAGUCUUGAGCGACAUAGAGACAUUAUCGAGUCUUGAUGGAUUGACUGAGUCUGAAGAAUCAUCGAGUGACGAUGCAGAUGAUUCACCAUCGACUCAUGAUGUUGGGUCCAUUAAUCAACCAACUUAUAUGAAGAGAACAGACUUUCUAUCAGUGGAUGAGUACGCUGUCUAUGUUCGUGAUAAUGUGACUGCUGGGAUGUUAGUCCGUUGUUGUAAAACCUACGAAGAAGUCGAGUAUGGCGACGUGGGUCAGGUUGUUAAAAUCGACCCUGAAGGUCUACAUGACCUCAAUGUCCAGGUCGCUUGGCAACACAAGGGCGAUUCCUACUGGGUUCGGUUCAUCCACAUUGAACUCUUAGGUCAUCCACCAACUUUGCCUGGACCACCAGCUUUGAAAGUAGGUGACAAAGUCAGAGUAAAGGCUUCAGUAGCUGUUCCAAAGUACAAGUGGGGAUCAGUGAAUCACUCAAGUGUUGGAGUCGUUACGGGAAUUCUCAAUAAUGGAAAGGAUGUUUCGGUGGACUUUGCUCAACAAAGUAGCUGGACUGGAUGUGCAGCUGAGAUGGAAAGAGUUCCAUCAUGUCAUCAUGCUGUCUCCUGCAAUUCGUGCCACUUAUCUCCCAUCUCGGGACCGAGGUUCAAGUGCAAGACUUGUGAAAAUUUCAACCUCUGUGAAAACUGUUUCUAUACCAAAAGAUCUCAUCGUCAUGGGUUUAAUCGAAUAGCAGAACCGGGAUCGGCUGCUGUCUAUGCCGGAAAGCCUGGAAGAUAUCAAAGACAAGACUUUUCCGAAUCUUCUUUGAUUGAAGAUUGGUCCAAGUGUAUUAGAACUCUGAGUGUAUCUUCAAGAGAAAAUUGGGCUACUCGUUUGGUAGACGGAUCUGGAAAAUAUUGGCAGAGUUCUGGAUCGCAGGGGAAACAUUGGAUUCGUUUAGAAAUGCUGCCUGGUAUAUUGGUUCAAUCUUUGAAAAUAGUCAUCAGUCCUCAGGAUAGUAGUUAUACACCUUCGUUGAUUGCAAUUAACGCUGGAGAUUCUUUUAGCAGUUUAUUAGAGCUGUCAACGAUAACACCUAGAAAUACAGAUACUAGUAUUAAUUUACUACAAGAUAUGAAAGAGUACUACCCUUGUAUUGAAAUUUUAAUCAAGCAGUGUAGAAAUGGAGGAAUCGAUUGCAAGAUUCAUGCUCUACAGAUCGUUGGACGUAAAAAGAUUUACGAAAAUCAAUUAGCUACCUCUGUCUCUUUUCUCGCUUCUGACUGGGAAGUGGUACAAGAACAGAUGAUCGCGCAAAGAGCAGGUGAUGUCCAGCAGCAUUCAGCUGUCUAUGUCUGGGGAUUGAAUGACAAAGAUCAACUGGGAGGUCUCAAGGGUUCUAAAAUCAAGCUUCCGGUCUACAGCGAGGUUCUUUCAAAGUUGAAACCAAUCCAUAUCGCCGGAGGGAGUAAAACUCUCUUUAUUGUCAGCCAGGAAGGAAAACUCUACGCCUGUGGUGAAGGAACUAACGGUCGACUCGGUUUGGGUGACAACAACAAUGUCUAUGAACCAAAACCAAUUCCAUUCCUGAGCCAGUAUGUAAUAAAAAAAGUAGCAGUGCAUUCUGGAGGAAAGCAUGCCUUGGCGCUGACUCAGGACGGGAAAAUUUUCUCUUGGGGAGAAGGUGACGACGGAAAACUGGGUCAUGGAAAUCGUUUGUCUCUGGACAAACCAAGACUGAUUGAAGCUUUAAAAUCAAAGAGGAUCCGAGACAUAGCUUGUGGAUCGGGCCAUUCAGCAGCGAUUGCUAGCAAUGGAGAACUUUACACCUGGGGUCUUGGAGAAUAUGGAAGAUUAGGUAAUGGAGAUACUACAACACAGUUAAAACCAAAAUUAAUAGAAGCUUUAGUAGGACAGAGAAUUGUGCAAGUAGCUUGUGGAAGCAGAGACGCCCAGACGAUGGCCUUGACUGAAGAUGGAUCUGUAUACUCCUGGGGAGAUGGAGACUUUGGUAAAUUAGGAAGGGGAGGAAGCGAUGGAUGUUACACUCCCUUAAUAGUAGAUAGACUAAACGGCCUAGGAGUCAUUCAAGUCGAGUGCGGAGCACAAUUUUCAUUGGCUCUCACCAAAUACGGAGAAGUCUGGACUUGGGGAAAGGGUGACUACUUUCGCCUCGGUCACGGGAACGAUCACCACGUUAGGAGACCUACAGUUGUUGAAGGACUUCGAGGCAAGAAGGUGGUCCACGUGGCAGUUGGCGCUUUGCAUUGCUUGGCAGUUACUGAUGCUGGUCAAGUUUACGCUUGGGGUGAUAAUGAUCAUGGUCAACAGGGAAACGGAUCCAUCAUAGUAAACCGAAAACCAUCUCUCGUUCAUGGGUUAGAAGACGCAAAAGUUAACAGAGUAGCUUGUGGAUCUAGCCACAGUGUCGCUUGGGUUCUGACUGAUCAACCAACGACCAGUAAUCAAGAGCCAGUGACAUUCCCAACUACAAAGGAUCCUCUUGGUCAGGCGAUUCUAGGAGUUACGGAUUCAGGUGAAUCAAACGUAACCACGACAAUUAAGAAUGUGAGGCCGUCGUUGUCUCACAUCAUUUUAUCUUUGGAAAGCAAUAUUGCUAAACAGCAAGCUUUGCAGCAUGUGAUAAAGGCUUUGCAUAUAAUGCAAGCCAGGAUUGCGAUAGUAACAGCUUUACAGAGUCAUGUAGCUCUUACCUCCUGUGGAAAGACAGCACUUCCUGAUACUCCACCAGAGGGAGCCAUGACUGCUAGCACUGGGCACACGGUUUAUCAAAAUGUGGGGGAAAUUUCCCAAGGAGGGGGAGAAGCUCCAGCAAAUGCAGCGGAGGCUAUCAGCCUUGCAAGUCCUAGAGCAACCCCAGAAUCAGAGGAAUAUCCCCUAGCAAUCUUUCCAUCAAUGUCUAGUUCAGCAAGUUUAUCAUCGAGGGCAUCAAGGAUGUCUGCGAGUGCGAUGAGUGUUAUAGCUGCAACUUUGACAUCUAAUGCUCAGGUCGUUGGAGAGGGAAUUGGAUCGGAUUCCGGAUUGGAUGAGUUUACUUCAACCUUGACUGAAGACGAUGCAAGGAUGCUGGUUGAUCUUUUAAAGCUCGCGGUAGCUCAGAGGGUCUGCGAAGGGGCAAAGGAAAUAAUAUCAUCGGUGUUGAUAGCUUUGGGAAAAGUGAAUUCUCAUAUUGGAAAUAUGCUUUUGGAGUUAUGCGUGACUGAACUAGAAGACAAUGCAGCCAAUUCCAACUGUAUGAACAAUACUCCACAGUCUGUUGUGCAGGAGACGCCUCAUCCUUAUAUCGACGACACGACUCUCACUGGGCAUGUCAAGAUUCCUGGAGCCGAGUCACUUAGGAUAGAGUUUGAUCGCCUCUGUUCCACUGAAAGGAGACAUGAUCCCUUGACUCUUAUGGACGGAACCGGAAGGGUUAUUGCUAUUAAAUCUGGAAGGGAAUGGAGCGAGUGGGCAACAGAAACCAGGAUUCAGGGAGACGAACUCAGAUGGCGAUUCUCUUCAGAUGGAUCCGUCAAUGGCUGGGGUUGGCGCUUCACUGUUCAUCCCAUUCUCGCAACUCUAGCGCCUCACGAACUUGGAUCAGAUAGAGCAGUUUUAUCCCAACCGUCAAUCGCCUUGGUGGAAUGUCUUCUGGAUAACACUCUGAUCAAUUCAGAUAAAGACAUUGUAACCAGGCUCGCAGCUACCCUUGCUCAAUGUAGUCAACUCAGUAAUUUAUCAGCCCAGCAAAGAAUGUGGGCUCUAAAGAAACUUCAAGCUGUUUACCUAAGUGGACCUAGUAUUCGACCGGAUGCAGCACUUUCCAGCCUCUUGGGUUCCCUGCCUCAGGCUUUGUUAAGACAGUAUGAAUAUGAAGAUCCAAUCGUGAGGGGUGGGAAACAGCUAAUGCACAGCGACUUCUUCAAAACUCUGGUCGCCCUCGCUUGCGACUUAGAACUUGAAACAAUGCCUUGCUGUUCAGAGAUCCACAAAUGGUCCUGGUUUAGACGAUAUUGCCUCGCGGCCAGAGUUGCAAAGUCUCUAAUCAACCGAACCGUUCUGCCAAAAGGCUUCUGCGUGGAGGUAACGAAGCGGAUUAAUGAGAUGAUUACAGACGGUGAUGGAAAUUUAAAAGACCACGAGAAUCAUAGCAUUUUCAAGCAGGAACACGACGAACAGCUGCUUCAGUGGUUAAAUAGAAGACCCGAGGAUUGGACUUUAUCCUGGGACGGUUCUGGGGCGAUAUACGGUUGGGGACAUAAUCACAGAGGACAAUUGGGUGGAUUAGAAGGCGCCAAGGUCAAAUUACCAUCGCCUUGUGAAAGUCUAUCAGCUUUGAGACCCGUUCAACUCGCAGGAGGAGAACAAACUCUUUUCGCAGUUACAGCAGAUGGAAAGGUUUACUCAACCGGAUAUGGAGCGGUAGGACGUCUCGGGAUAGGAGGCACGGAUUCAGUGAUGGUUCCAACCUUAUUGGAAUCAAUCCAACAUGUUUUUAUAAAGAAGGUCGCCGUCAAUUCCGGAGGGAAACACUGUCUCGCUCAAAGUUCCGAGGGUCAUGUCUACUCUUGGGGUGAAGGUGACGAUGGAAAACUGGGUCAUGGAAACAGACUAUCAUAUGACAGACCCAAACUGAUCGACGCUUUGCUAGGAACUGAGAUAGUUGACAUUGCCUGUGGGGGACAUCACAGUGCAGCGAUCACGUGGGCAGGGAAGCUUUACACAUGGGGCAAAGGUCGCUACGGUCGCCUAGGUCACGGGGACAGUGAUGACCAACUAAAACCAAAAAUAGUUGCAGCUCUCCAAGGCUACAUAGUGGUUGACGUCGCCUGUGGAAGUGGAGAUGCUCAGACUUUGUGUGUAACUGACGAUGACAACGUUUGGAGUUGGGGAGACGGGGAUUACGGAAAACUUGGAAGAGGGGGAAGCGACGGUUGCAAAAUUCCGAUGAAGAUAGAAUCCCUGGCUGGUCUUGGAGUCGUCAAGGUCGAAUGUGGGAGCCAAUUUUCGGUUGCUUUAACAAGAUCAGGAGCAGUUUACACCUGGGGAAAGGGCGAUUAUCAUCGUCUAGGUCAUGGCACAGACGAUCAUGUUCGAAGACCUCGAAAAGUGGCGGCUCUCCAGGGAAAAAAAAUUAUCUCGAUAGCGACUGGUUCCUUGCACUGCGUUGCCUGUUCAGAUAAAGGAGAGGUUUUUACCUGGGGAGACAAUGAUGAAGGCCAAUUGGGAGAUGGUACCACCAGCGCCUUGCAGAGCCCGAGAAUCGUUCAUGCUCUUCAGGGAAAGAAGAUAACGAGAGUCGCUUGUGGUAGUGCUCAUACAUUAGCCUGGAGCACCACCAAGACGACACAUAGCAGAUUACCUGCUUCAACUCCAAUGGAAUAUGAUCUGGUUAAAGAUCUUCCCUUCUCCGCUCUGCAUAACAGACUUGUUCUUCUGCAUCACUUUUCAGAGUUGCUCUGUCCGAAUCUUGCGAUGUUUAGCACUUCUGGCCAUCUGGGAUUGAACAAGUUAGCUUCGAUGUUGGUUUAUAGUAUCAAAGAGGCGACUUUUAGGAAAGUGGUGCAAGCAACGAUGGUGAGGGAUCGACAGCAUGGUCCUGUGAUUGAACUGAAUAGGAUUCAGGUCAAGAGAUCGAGGAGCAAGGGAGGAUUGGCUGGACCUGAUGGUAUCAAGUCUGUUUUUGGUCAGAUGGUGGGGAAGAUGUCCCUACUCACUCAGGAGGUUCUGUUCUUGCCUCAUCGAGUUUGGAAAGUCAAGUUUGUCGGUGAGAGUGUGGAUGAUUGUGGAGGUGGGUACAGCGAAAGCAUCGCCGAGAUGUGCGACGAACUUCAGAAUGGAUCAUUGCCUUUGUUCAUUCCGACACCGAACGGUCGAGAUGAUAGUGGAACAAACAGGGAUUGUUUCUUGUUGAAUCCGCUGGCAACUUCUCAGCUGCAUAUGAAUAUGUUCCAAUUUCUGGGAAUCCUGAUGGGAAUAGCGAUCAGAACAGGUAGUCCUUUGAGUUUGAAUUUGGCUGAACCGGUCUGGAAACAACUUGCGGGGAUUCCCUUGACCCCUGCAGAUUUGACGGAAGUCGAUAGAGGAUAUGUUCCAGGAUUGUUGUGUAUCAGGGACAUGGAUCCGGAUGAGAAGGUGUUUCAGACUCUGGAGAUGCCUUUUUCUACCCCAUCUGCUGUUGGACAUGAUGUUCCUUUGUCGAAUAGGUAUCGAAAAAUAACACCAGAAAAUAGACACGAGUAUGUAAAACUCGCUCUAAAUUAUAGACUUCAUGAAUUCGAUUCUCAAGUAGCGGCUGUGAGAGAAGGUUUAUCGAAAGUUGUUCCUGUUCCUUUACUUACUUUAUUCAGUGGAUCUGAGUUGGAAACUAUGGUGUGCGGAAGUCCCGACAUUCCGCUGAGUUUAUUAAAAUCAGUCGCUACCUAUAAAGGUAUAGAAACAAGUUCUCCUCUAAUUCAAUGGUUCUGGGAAGUGAUGGAAGAAUUUUCAAAUCAGGAGAGGUCGCUUUUCCUUCGAUUUGUUUGGGGAAGAACACGACUACCCCGAACAAUUGCAGAUUUCAGAGGAAGAGAUUUUGUCCUGCAGGUCAUGGACAAGUACAACCCACCAGACCAUUUUCUCCCCGAAAGCUACACCUGCUUUUUUCUUCUGAAAAUGCCAAGAUACUCCUGCAAACCGGUCCUUCGUCAAAAAUUAAAAUACGCAAUUCAUUUUUGCAAAAGUAUCGACACUGACGAAUACGCAAGAGUCCAGGCAGCGACCAAUUCCGACACAGACGACACUGAUAGUCUCGCCAGCGAGGAACAUACAUCUCUUUAGCUUUAAAAAAAAAUUGCCUAGGUUUUGCCGAAUUGUACUGGAUGGAAAGUCUUCGCUAUCGAUUUCUCGAUUUCUAUUCGUUCGCUUCUUGAAAAUCUUGUUCUGUUUUCAGUAUUUUUGGACACGCCAACGAAUCGACGAUGAUAAAAAAAUCUAUGAUCGGCUAAACCAGCACAAACUACUCGCUUGUAAACUAAAGGCAAAGAUAAUUUGUGAUAAUUAAAUCGAGAUGGGUAGCACCCAAUCGUGAUAUUUUUAAAAUUAUGUACACAAUUUUGUAAGUAUCUCGUUUUACGUUUUCUAGUCUUUCAUUAAUUUUGCGACGAGCUAUUUAAAUGUACUUUCGAUACUGGCUAUUAUUUUCCAAGCUGCCGAAGUGUAUAGUAAAAAAAAAAGAAAAAAUGGAAUGAGUGUCGAGUGAAAAUGUUACCUGCUGAUGGUAAUUUUGAGAUUUCACGUUGUUUUGUUGAAAUUUCACAUUGUAUAGUUACGUUCUCGCAUAUAUUUAUAAUAAUAAUUAAUGAAUCUAAUAUUACGAAAGCCAUUAUUAUCUUUUAAUUCAAUGUAAAGUUGAUUAAACUAAAGUCUAAA